AUUAAUUUGCAGUCAAGAGCUCCUUGCUUUAUGUUAUAUGCCCCAACGAAACCCUCCAAGGCCUAAACCCCAAAAACCCUUCAAAUCCAUCACCCAUGUCUCCCUUCAGAACCCUCCUUUCCCACCACCACUCCUACUCUCUCCUUAAACCCCAAAACCCUCUUUCCAUUUCCCAAAUAACCCGCAAACCUUUCUCAUUCUCCUCCAUCUUCCAGAGAUUCUAUAGCUCACACCAGACUGAAAACCAAACCAAACCCAGAAAGCCUUUAGACCUUCUCUUCAAAGAGGCCGUAGAACUAUCACCAAAACCCGAAAACUCCGAAAGCGAAGGUGAAACCGAAGACAGCCCAUUGAAGAAGGGCUCGAGGGAGUUGGAGAAAGAAGUAAAGAGCUUGAAAUCGAAUUCGAAUGGCGAAAACAAAGCGAAGAAGAGUGAAGUCGAACCUAAGAAUUCUAAGGGUGAAACUGAAGACAGCCCAUUGAAGAAGGGCUUGGGGGACUUGGAGAAAGAGGUAAAGAGCUUGAAAUCGAAUUCGAAUGGCGAAAACAAAGCGAAGAAGAGUGAAGUCGAACCCAAGAAUUCUAAGGCUAUGGUCAGCUUGUACGAAGUGUUCACAAACAAGGCGGCGGCGGGGGAUGAAAGGAAGUGGAAAGAGUUGACAAGAGAGAGAUCAAAUGUGUUUAAGGCUUUGUCGCAGGAUAUGGAAGUGGUUGUGAGCCAUUUGUACAAAGAAGGGUACUUUAAAGAUGCCAAUUUCUUGUCUGUGAAUGAUGGUAGGUUGGAUUUUAGUUGCUUUAACAAUGGCUAUGGCCGCGGUUUCGUAAAGUUUGCGGUGGAGAGGUUUGCCAAAGACAACCAAGUGAUUGCAAAAUGGUUGUCAGGCUCUGACUUGAAAAAGGUGGCCCUUGUUGGUUGUCCUUCCCUUGCAAGAAAGAGUGUUUUCAGUGCUAAAAGAUUGCGUAAAUUUUUUGAUAUUCAAGAACAUACUGUUUGUAGCAAAUGUGUCUUAAAACAAUCAUGCAACUUUGCGAAUCAGAAUGUGUGGAAUAGAGGCGCCAAGAAUUUGGAUCUGGCUGAUGUUAUGAAUACUAUCACUUUAUAUGCUCUGGAUGCUGUGCCUCCACAGCUGGUUGUGUCUGAUGAAGUAAAGUCUUCUGUUAGUCGAUUGCUCAAGGAGGUGUUGAGGCUAAGUAAAACCACUUCAUGAGGCAAAUUUACUAUUUGCACGACAUUGUUCAAGGGUGCACAUGUGGGGGAUCUGAAAUAAUCCAACCCAAUUUGGGUAAAGUUUUCACUCUCCGUAGCGGGUUUGCACAGGUCCUGGAAUUCGAUGAAAGAGACUGUGUGGGGCUUCAUAUUCUAUAUCCUUGUCUUGAUCAAUGCUCAACCUGAUGCCAAGAAUAAUGCAUAUCUCCAAGGUGACUUUCCCCAUAUUAAUGUGAAACUGUUAUCUUGGAUGAACCAUAAAUCCUUAACACAUUCUUAAAUCCCUCAACAGAUUUUGUAUACCACCUUCAGUCUUACAUUUGGGUUUGCUUGCACACAGUUACAUUGCAUGCAUUUUUACUGGUUUUAUGAAUUUAGUUUCAUCUAA